GCUGAACAUGGGCAUAUGAAAGUUGUGGAUUAAGUUGGCCAAAUCUAUUCUAGUGUUGAAAGUCCUUGCUGAUCAGCGUGGUCACCAAACAGCCGAAGAGGAACUGAAUUUCAUUCCUCUUUCUUCAAAUCCUCGAACUCGCUUCUAACAAUGGCGGAAUUCGUAGAUCUCGAAUCCCAAGACGGCGUGCGCAUGCCGUGGAACGUGAUCCCCGGCACCAAGCAAGAGGCCACGAACGCCGUCGUUCCGGUGGCGGCAAUCUACACUCCCAUAAAGCACUUUCCCUCGAUGCCCGUCCUCCCUUACACCCCGCUUCGCUGUCGCACGUGCCGCUCCAUCCUCAACCCCUUCUGCAUGGUCGACUUCGUCGCCAAGAUCUGGAUCUGCCCCUUCUGCUUCAACCGCAACCACUUCCCCCCUCACUACGCCUCCAUCUCCGACGACAACCUCCCCGCCGAGCUCUUCCCCCACUACACUACCGUCGAGUACGAUUCCCCCUCCGACACCUCCCCGCACGUGCCCCCCGUCUUCCUCUUCGUCAUCGACACGUGCGUCAUUGAGGAGGAGAUCGGCUUCCUGAGGUCCGCCGUCUCCCAGGCCGUCGAGCUCCUGCCGGAGAAUUCCCUUGUCGGACUCAUCACCUUCGGGACCUUCGUCCAUGUCCACGAGCUCGGGUUCGGUCUUGUCCCCAAAACCUACGUUUUCAGGGGCUCCAAGGACGUUUCUAAGGACCAGCUGCUCGAGCAGAUGAGUUUCUUCGCAAAGAAGCCGAAGCCGGUGGUUGGUGUUGUCGCUGGCGCACGGGAUGGGCUCUCGUCGGAGAGCAUUAAGCGUUUCCUGCUUCCCGCGUCCGAGUGCGAGUUCGCGCUCAAUUCGGUUCUGGAUGAGCUGCAGAAGGAUCCGUGGCCGAUGCCGGGUGAUCAGCGGGCGACAAGGUGCACAAGCACGGCUUUGAGUAUUGCAGCCAGUUUGCUGGGGGCCUGUGUUCCUGGUUCCGCGGCAAGAAUCAUGGCGUUCAUUGGGGGACCCGCGACUGAAGGACCAGCUCCUAUUGUAUCCAAACAACUUUCUGAACCAAUUCGCUCCCACAAGGAUCUGGAUAAAGAUUCUGUGCCAUAUUACCAUAAAUGCGUGAAAUUCUAUGAUGGACUUUCAAAGCAGCUUGUACAUCAGGGUCAUGUACUAGAUCUCUUUGCUUGUGCUCUUGAUCAGGUUGGCAUUGCUGAACUUAAAACUGCUGUUGAAAGGACUGGGGGCCUUGUUGUACUCGCGGAGAGUUUUGGCCAUCCAGUAUUUAAGGAAUCACUUAAACGUGUUUUCCAAUCUGGUGAUUAUGAUCUAGGCCUAUCUUCAAAUGGAAUAUUUGAGAUAAACUGCUCUAAGGACAUUAAAGUCCAAGGAAUUAUUGGCCCAUGUGCAUCUCUUGAAAAGAAAGGCCCAUUAUGCUCAGAUGUUGUUAUUGGUCAAGGAGGUACAAGUGCAUGGAAGAUGUGUGGCCUUGACAAAUCAACAUCAUUAUGUCUGUUUUUCGACAUUGUGAGGAAGGAAAGUCCUGAUGCUACAAUGCAGUCCACAAGCAAUCAAUUUUUCUUCCAAUUCUUGACAUAUUAUCAGAAUAACAGUGGGCAAAUGAGAUUUCGAGUUACCACCCUUUCACGUCGAUGGGUUGCUGGACCAGGAAGCGUGCAGGACUUGAUUGCUGGAUUCGACCAAGAAGCAGCUGCUAUAAUUAUGGCACGCCAAGUGUCUUUCAAAAUGGAAACGGAGGCUGAAUUUGAUCCUAUCAGAUGGUUGGAUAAGGCAUUGAUAAAUUUGUGUUCCCGGUUUGGAGAUUUUCAAAAAGACACUCCAUCUUCUUUCAGUUUGUCUCCCAGGUUGUCGAUAUUCCCUCAAUUUAUGUUUCAUUUACGACGCUCUCAAUUUGUUCAGGUCUUUAACAACAGCCCAGAUGAGACUGCUUACUUCAGAAUGAUUUUAUACCGAGAAAAUGUUGCCAAUUCUGUUGUCAUGGUUCAGCCUUCGUUGAUUUCUUAUUCAUUCAAUUCUGGUCCUGAACCAGCUCUUCUUGAUGUCGCAGCCAUUGCGGCUGACAGGAUCCUGCUUUUGGAUUCAUUUUUCACUGUUGUUAUUUUUCAUGGUUCAACCAUUGCUCAAUGGCGAAAGGCUGGAUAUCAUAAUGAACCCGAACAUCAGGCAUUUGCUCAGUUGCUACGAGCUCCUCAUGAUGAUGCAGAUUUAAUAAUGAAAGAGAGAUUUCCUGUACCUCGAUUGGUUGUUUGCGAUCAGCAUGGUUCUCAGGCUCGAUUUCUGCUAGCCAAGUUGAAUCCUUCUGCCACUUAUAACACCGAAACUUCUCAUCCUGGAGGGGAUAUUAUCUUUACGGAUGAUGUUAGCUUUGAGGUCUUCCUGGAUCAUUUACAGAGAUUAGUUGUUCAAUGAUAUUAUAAUUCAUGCCAUCCGUGAUUUUUGUGUAAAAUUUUCCUUUGAUUGCUGCUUGUACAUUAAGUCCCUUCUAGCAUGCUGUUGUGAUUUUCAAUUAGGGCAAAAUUUUGUAAUUAUUUGAUCAAUGGCAAGAAUAUACAUCUGUUUAAUUUU